AUUUAAACACAUAUUAAUUUAAUACUGAUUUAUCCGGUACAACCUCUUCCACGAUUUGGAACUAAAUGGUAAUUUGGAGAAUGAGAUAUUGGAGGAUGGAUUCCUGAAAUGAAUGGUUUUGGAAGAAAUCUAUGUUUUUCUUUUCCUUUGAAUUUCGCAUGUUAAUGAGAUUAUGUGGACAAAAAAAAAAUUGAUUGAUUGACACAUGAGAUGAACGAUGAGAGUGCGUAAAAUGCUAGAUCAUGUGUAUGAAUAUAGAUGAAUAUGAGUGAAUAGUUAAUACCAUUGCACGAAAAUGUAGCAUUCGAGCAAUUUAUUUGAAGUCAGAAGAAACACAAUCCUAUAUUACACAUUCUAAGAGCAUCCACAUUGGAAUAAGAGCUCGCCACGUCAGCGUCUCCGUUUGUACAGUCAGACUUAACGCUAACAUCAUUAAAGAACUGGAUGAAAGUGGUUAUAUGGUAUUUCUUCAAAUUUGACUAUUAUUAUCACAAACGCGAAAGCGUUUUGGGCCUUUGAGCCUUCAGGGACAUUUCUACUGUCUACAUUUGGGCUGCUCAGGUUUUGAGACCAAUUUGCCGGCCCGAUCCGAUCCGAAUCGAGGCAGCAACGGCCAACGAGCCACUUGCGGACUGCAAUUAAAAAAAAAAUCUAAUCAAACGGCCGUUAAAAAGACAGUAGAUUAGUAGGUGAGGUUUCACACCGUUGGCUGGCGGGUAGAAAAUGGAAAAGCCGCCAUAGAAAAAUUCACAAAUGCUACCCGAACUUAUCUUCUCUUACAAUUCCAACCCUCCACGGCUCUGUUGUCUCUGGUCAAAACGCCGGCCAUUCAAUCAAUGUGAGGAUUAUAACAAACGGAAGCGCGGACGGACACGAUUCCGUGGUUGGAGCCAGAAGUUAAACCGUACAAGACGACGGAAAUCAUCAAUUCCGCCAGCUCCGAUUCUCCACGCCGCGUUUCCAAUUUCAGCCUCUCGCCGGAAAGAAGAGGAGAGGAAGAGACUAACUCAGUGCUGCUGCUGCUACUGCUGCGAUGAUGAGCCUCGUUUCCACCGGCGGCCACUCCCUGGCUUCGGGGCCGCUCCCUAACUUCAGGACGACGCCACCGCCGCGACGGAGACCUUCGCUGCCUUAUCUGAAGACCCCGCGCGCCGCCAUCGUGGAGUCGAGGCCGGUGAGAGUACCGCCUGCGACAAGGGAUAACGGUAACGGCGGGCUGGUCCUCGUGUCAGCCGGAGCCGCCGGAGGAGGAGGAGGAGGAGGAGGUAGUCGAGCUGAGGAUAUGCAGGCGGAAGCUAGGGCGAUGGCUCGUGCAGUUGAUGCUCCCGUUUUCAAUCCGGAGCUUAUUGCCAGCAAGUAUGGGCGUAGACCUAUCGAGGUUGUGAGGAGGAUGCUGGAGAUUUUGACAGCGAUAGGUUCGUUUGGGUUGAAGCUGUGGUUGGACGAGAGAAACGGAGUGUUCGAUCAGAAUAAGAAAGUCCGGGCGACGGAGCUUAGGCAGAUUUUCACUCGAUUGGGGCCGACUUUCGUCAAAUUAGGGCAAGGACUCUCCACCAGGCCUGAUAUCUGCCCUCCCGAGUUUCUGGAGGAGCUCUCUGAGCUUCAGGACGACUUGCCCACAUUCCCUGAUGAGGAAGCAUUUGCCUGCAUCGAGAGGGAGUUGGGGGUGUCUCUCGACUCCAUUUACUCAACGAUUACGCCCUCUCCUGUUGCAGCUGCGAGUCUUGGCCAAGUAUACAAAGCUAAGCUCAAGAACUCUGGACAAACAGUUGCUGUAAAGGUCCAACGCCCCGGGAUUGAGAAGGCUAUUGGUCUUGAUUUCUACCUCAUCCGGGGGCUUGGCGGAUUGAUCAACAAAUACGUUGAUUUCAUCACAAGUGAUGUUGUCGCUCUUAUUGAUGAAUUUGUAUUCAGAGUUUAUCAGGAGCUCAACUAUGUCCAGGAGGGGCAAAAUGCAAGGAGAUUUAAGAAGUUGUAUGCUGACAAGGAAGAUAUAAUGGUUCCUGAUAUUUUCUGGGAGUAUACAAGUGGCAAAGUUUUGACAAUGGAAUGGGUAGAGGGUGUUAAGUUGAAUCAACAGGAGGCUAUAGAGGGUCAAGGGUUGAAGGUUCUCGAUCUUGUGAACACGGGCAUACAAUGCAGCCUUAGGCAGCUCCUUGAAUAUGGAUAUUUCCAUGCAGACCCUCAUCCUGGUAAUCUGUUGGCAACACCAGAGGGAAAGCUUGCUUUUCUUGAUUUUGGUAUGAUGAGUGAGACACCAGAAGAGGCAAGGUUUGCUAUAAUUGGUCACGUGGUACACCUGGUCAACAGAGAUUAUGAAGCUAUGGCUCAGGAUUAUUACGCUCUCAAAUUCCUCUCUCCAGAUGUCGAUGUUACCCCGAUUGUUCCAGCAUUGCAGAAUUUCUUUGAUGAUGCACUCAAUUAUACCGUCAGUGAACUCAACUUCAAAACCCUAGUGGAUGGACUGGGAGCUGUUUUCUAUCAGUACCCAUUUAAUGUUCCAGCAUACUAUGCAUUGAUAUUGAGAUCCCUCACUGUGCUCGAAGGAUUGGCCCUUUAUGCUGAUCCUAAUUUCAAGGUUCUGGCUGCUUCAUACCCUUAUUUCGCAAAAAGGCUUCUCACUGAUCCGAACCCAUAUCUAAGAGAUGCUCUUGUUGAGCUGCUUUUUAAAGAUGGGAGGUUCAGAUGGGCGCGACUUGAAAAUCUACUUGAACAAGGAAGCAAAGACCGAGAUUUUUCAGCAAAAGAUGCUUUACAGCCCGUUUUGAAACUACUGUUGGCCCCAGAUGGUGAAGAGUUGAGAAGAUUGGUUGUGAAGGAAGCUGUAUAUGUAUCAGAAGCCGUAGUUUUGACCUCGGUUGUUGAUACUUACAACUCCAUACCCACUGUCUUAAGACCUCCAAUCCUGAAUGGGAAUGGAAGAGGGCCUCUCCCGAUGACUGAUGCUGAAGUGCUAAGAAUUAGGGAGUUCAGAGACCUAGUCGUCAGAGUAUGGGGACUUUUGCAAACCUCUGAAGAUUUCGACCCAGCCCUUUUUCAACCCAUAUUACAGGUCCUUCAACAGCCCGAGGCACGCAGUCUUGGUGGACGUGUCAUUGGUGGAGUAACUCAACGCCUUGCAGCACGAUUGUUGCAGCAAGUGCUUCGGACGCCACCACCUGUUCCAACCUGAUAGGCAAUUUCUGAUCUUGGUUUCAGGUAAGAAAGAUUCAUGUAACCUUGUACACUACUGUAAAAGAAGGGGGGUAAAGGGUGAAAAUUUGAGAUGCUGAUUGGAUGCUCUCACCAAUUGUUUCUCACAAUCAUGUAUAAUAGACAAACUUCCAAUACUCAUAAUUCAAUUCGAAUCCAGCACAUUGACAGGCAGUAAACGAUCUUGUGUUGG